AUGUCGACGGAUAAGAUUACCUUCUUGACCAACUGGCAUGCUACGCCAUAUCAUGCGCCUGUGUACCUUGCUCAAAGCAAGGGAUACUUCAAAGAUGAAGGCAUCAAAGUCGCUGUUCUUGAGCCCAACGAUCCAAGCGACGUCACCGAAAUCAUCGGAUCAGGAAAAGUCGAUCUAGGCUUCAAAGCCAUGAUCCACACACUCGCCGCCGCCGCACGAGGCUUCCCCGUCCAAUCUAUCGGCUCUUUGCUCAACGAGCCCUUCACUGGAGUAGUCUAUCUCACAUCUUCUGGCAUAACCAGCGACUUCAGCACCCUCAAGGGCAAGAAAAUUGGCUACGUAGGCGAAUUUGGUAAAAUCCAACUCGACGAGCUGACAGCCUACUACGGCAUGUCGCCCAGCGACUACCAAGCCGUGCGCGUGGGCAUGAACGUGACGCGGUCCAUCAUCACGGGCGAAAUCGACGCAGGCAUCGGUCUCGAGAAUGUACAAAUGGUGGAGCUAGAAGAAUGGCUCGUAUCGCAGAAUCGAGCCCGCGACGAAGUCCAGAUGCUGCGUAUCGAUGAACUCGCCCAACUAGGCUGCUGCUGCUUCUGCUCUAUCUUGUAUAUUGGCAACGAUGCUUUUAUCGAGCGCCGCCCCGAUGCCGUCCGCGCUUUUCUCCGCGCAUGCAAGCGCGCAACGGACUUUGUGCUUGCGCAGCCGGAGCAAGCGUGGGCUGAGUUUUGUGCUGCAAAGACAGCCAUGGAUACGCCGACGAACCGCAAGAUUUUCGAACGCAGCUUUGCGUACUUUAGCCUAGACUUGCAGAAUGUACAGCGUGACUGGGAAAAGGUUACACAAUACGGGAAGAGGCUUGGUGUGCUCGAUGAAGCGUUUACGCCAAACUAUACGAAUGAGUAUCUGGCUUGGGGACUGCAGGAUGAGGCCGAGAAUCCCGUGGGUGAUCAGAAGAAGAUGGCUGAGCUACAGGAGGGUGUCAAGCAGAAUGGCGGAUUCAAGCGCCUGGAGGGCAUGACUGGCAAGACGGUAGUCGGGGCUGCGGCUCCGGCUUCUGCCUAA